AUGACGGGCCACCUGGGCCUGUGGGAGAGUCUAUGGAAUUCUUGUGCAUGGAAGUUGUUUGUCCCUGAAGACCACCUCCUGGGGACACAGAGUUUCUCCCUUAGUCAAGCAGUCCUCAGCCAGUGGCAUUCCUGGACCUCUCACGCGGUAGCCACGGAGCGGUUAGGCCGCCCGGCAGCCUCAGCUCCAAGGUACCGCGAGCUCCUUGGCUCAUCUAAAGCCGAUCCUGGAUCGGCAGCAGAGAGCGGCUGCACACCGUGCAAGGAAUGCCAAAAAAGCCUAAAUUCUACCCAGCCCUCUGAAUCCUUCCCCCGUCCCUCGCAUUUCAACGCAGAACCUGCCAGACUGCUUAACUCCUUCUGCUCUAUGGAGAAGACAUUACAGUGCAGUUGUUCCUUCCAUGGGAUCCCCACACCCUCUGUGCAGUGGUGGGUGGACGGUGUUCCUGUGGAUGUAAACACUGGACAUGGCCACCUCCAGGUGACCUCUACCACACUUGGUCCCUGGGACAACAGCACCCUCAGCCUGGCCAAGGACCUGGAAAUGGGCACAGUUCUUCUCUGUGAGGGAAAGAACCAACAUGGCAUCCAUGGUUUGAGCAUCCUACUGAUGUCAAGUAGGGGCCCUUUGGCUCCCCAGAUUUUCCUGGAAGCUCUGCUACGGGGCGUUGUCUACGCAGCCAUGGCAAUCACACUCCUCUUUCUCUGCCUCCUCCCCUUCAUAGUGAAACUUCUCAGGACGAAGCAGGCAAGGAAGUGGGCCCAGAUGAGAGAACAGGACUCUGUGGUUGGAACAGACCAGGGAUCCCAGGUGAAGUCCAAGCAGCCUCGGAAAUCCAGAACUAAGCCACCCUGUGAGGAGCAGCUCUCGGAAAAGGAUGAUAACCCGAAGCCAAGGAAGACCAUGGAAACUGCGUCACAUACAAAGUUCCUAUUACCCCUGGAAUUACAAAAACCCAUGGAGACCCCAGAAGCCCCAAGUCCAUAA